ACAAUCUCCUAAUCUAGUUCUGUAUUGAAAUUUUGAGUUAUGUGUAUAUGACAAUUUUUUAUGAAAUUCGCGUUGAUGAUAUGUAAAAUUUGCAGAUACGGUGGAUGUUAUGCUACAACCAUCGGCUCGGUAUGCCACGAGAUGGGUCAUAUAUUUCAUCUCGGCCAUACGACGGUUGGCCUUAUGGGUUCCGGAAUAGAUCACAUUAAUCUUGUAUUUACGCUGGUCACAAACACGGAGGACCUGCCGGAUCGGAUCGUUAGUCGAACGGUUGCGAAGAGAAAGCCAAUGAAUAGUAAACUAACCGCUAUCAAGCGACCCGGAGAAUUUCUUCUGAAAUACCAACAGCAGAAGGAGAGUGAUUCUACAUAUUUCACAGACAAUUGUGCCACUACCUUACAUCUUCACAAAUGGUUCAACUUCAACCCCAGCACAAGCGAUAAUAAUUGUGAUACUAGGCCAAGCUUUAAUUUUGUUACUCGAUUUGUAACGAGCGUGAAUUCGUUCUUAAAACUCAUAGAGUUGCGUGAUAAAGAGGAUGGGAUGCUCAAAACUUUCUGGUCAUUUCUAGAUACCGAUUUAGAUCGAUUCCAAAUCGUAGAAGAUAUUCAAUUGGACGGACUGACAUUAUUUGUUAUUGAUAGCUUUGGUAAUAUCCUAAAGCAAGAUUUGUAGAAAACCGAAAUUUAUAGUGAUAACAAUGAUUCCACACAAGUUCUAGAUAAUCAUGACCAAAGAAAAGCGAAAUACUGAUACAAUAGAUACUGUAGUGUAUUCUAUAGCCCAGUGAGUGUUUCUGAUCCACAUUAAAUGUGUUCUAAAGCGAUUAGGGGGAGAUAGCAUCGAGCGACCAUAUGGCGCUCAAAAUUAGUUCAAAUCUGAUAAGAUCACUACUUAGCAUAAAACAUAUUUAUUACAUGUACCAAAUAGAAUUCUUUUAACUUGUUGCUUA